GCUAAUACCCGGCURAACUAAAUUUAGAUCAAUGGGUCGAAGCCGUCUUAAAUGAUCAUCUAAGUCAUCUGAGCAACUAAUUACAUAUUCAUAUACAAUUCGACCAAUCAAAUCUCCGCGUUGUCUGUGGACUAGAAGAGACAAAGUCCAGGUUUGAUUCUCGCUACUACACUGUAUUAUAAAUCGAUGUAUCAUGGCCGAAAGCAAUACAAGUAGAAAUCGCAAAAGAACAUACAACAAAAUUAACGAUGUUCAGAGAUCAAAGCUACAGGAGUUUUAUGAUGACGGCAUGAAAACAUGCGCUUCCGUUAAUCGCGACAAAAUCGAUAAGGCAGCCGAAGAAACAGGACUUAGUAUUGAGCAAGUCAAGAAGUGGAUUGGAAAUGCCAGACAAAAGGAAAAGAUUAGUACUGGGAGCCAGCCAGCUCCAAAGCCAAUCAAGAUACCCACUGGAUCACGUGGCUCACAUUCCUAUAACAUGUUUUGUGCAGAAUAUUUCAAGUCAGAUGAAUGCAGGAAAAUGUCUUUGCCUGAAAAGAAUAAAGAAGCAUCCAAAAAGUGGAAGGAAAUGACUUCUGCAGAGAAAGAGAAAUAUAAACUCAAUGCAGACAGUUUAAAGUCUCCAGAUGUUUCAGAGCUAAWCGAGGCUCAAAAAUCAAAGCUAAUAUCUGUUCACAGAAAAAAUCUCCUCAGAGAGAUAAUGUUUCUCGAAGACAUGGGAUGUGAGUCUUCCAUUGUUUUUAAAGACACUUCUGGCCAGGUUUACAACUUUGGAUCAAGUGCAGGAUUGUCUUUUCUGUCCCUAAAUCCUGAGAUUAACAUCAAAUUCAGAGAUCACUUUGUAUGUAGUGAUGAGAGAUACACAUACAAAAAUGUUCASGAGCURUUUAAUUCUAAAUACAGUGAAGCAAUACAUAAGCCAGGCAGCAGAGUUCCAUAUCUGCAUGGGGGAUUUACUGUAAAGGCCUUUCCAUUAUGGCAUGAAUCAGCUAAAAGCUAUAAUGGAAAACAAAGAAAAAAUAAAGUUCGUGAUUCAAGCAAAGGACAAUCCUGAAAGAAGUAAUAGCAGGACUGUUAA